CAAAUGUGAUGAAUAAACCGAAAUAUAUAAAUCUUAUUUAUGCAUAUUUUUAUCUCCUAACCUUGCGAGAAUACACAAAUAAGUACAUAUGUAUGUAUAUACAUACAUAUAUAUACGUACAUAAAAAGGUUUUUUAUAAUCUCUCAGUAGAUACAUCAUUGUCAAAGUUCUUUUUCUGCAUAAAUUCUUCCAAAGUUCACAAUACGAUGACUUUGGCCAACUGGUGAUGAUGAAACAGGCACGAUCAUCGUACUAGAUAUUAUGACAGAUGUGAGAGAAACGCAAAAUAAAAUUAACAAGAUUUCUGCAUUCAAUUUGCUGUACAUUAUACAAGAUUGCUUUGGACUAUCCUAUAUCGUGUUAUAAGAAAAUAGAAAGAUAGUCUUUAUUCAAAUUAUUUGUCCUUUUGCUUUUAUUUAAUGUUAUUUGUGCAAUUGUGAGUUCAAAUAGCUCUUUUGGGAGAAAUGGAUAUUAUUGUAAGGCUAAAUGAGCAAACGGCAGGCAGGGAUAAAAUAAUAAGAUUAUUACAAUAUGGAAGUCGUGCUUAUUGGUACUAUGCGCAAAAUGCACAAAGCACAAAAUUCUCCGCAGAAAUUUUGAGGAGUUUGGAAUUCACUUUUAGUUCAUUUCGAAAAUUACUCCGUCUGGGAAGAUGCUUAGACACUUUGUAUUCGGCUCUAAAAAUGAUGAAGUAUCCCGAUCCAACGAUCAAGAUAACAUUAAUUAUGGCAAAAAUAGCAAAUGCUUUGUAUUUACUGGCAGAUCAUUUUAUUUGGGUGGGCAGAGUAGGAAUUUUAAGAGUCAAUCUGGAAAAGUGGAAUAGAGUUGCAAAUAAAUAUUGGCUAAUAACUAUUAUUAUGAGUUUAAUGAGAGAUUUUUAUGAAAUUAUCAAGAUUUUAAAACACGAGAAGAUUAUAUUUAAACAAUAUCAAAUAUUGUUCUGUUUAAGAAAUCAUAAAAAAGUAGUGAUGGAUACGGUUAAAAAUGGAUGCGAUUUAUUUAUUCCAUUGACAGCAUUAGGUAUCACAAAAUGCACUCCUGGUACAGUAGGUUUACUUGGAAUAAUUUCAUCAUUUAUUGGUCUUUAUACCAUUAUCAAUCCACUUUAUAAAUUAACUCCAUCUUAGGGUAGAAUAUUUAUUAGUAUGGUAUGUGUGUAUAUCUUUUGGUUAUAGAUAUAAGUACAUAUAAGAAGAUGGGCUAUAUGCAAUAUUCUUAUAUCAAAACAUUAGAUGCUUCUAUGAUUGAUCAUAUGAAAGGUGUACAUUGAUUAUAUGUGGUUAUUGGGGAAAAAGAGAUGGGAUGAACAUUUUCUUUCUCUUCUUUUUUUAAAAUAUAUAUUUAUAAUCUAAAAUUUAUUAUAAUCUAAAAUAUAUAUUUAAUAAUCUACAUAUAAAAAAAAUAUCUUA